AUUUAAUUUUAGUUGAUUUUCUGUGGUUGUUGGUUGUUCGCUAGUCUCAUGGUGAUGGAAGCUGUGCAUUUUUUCAAAGGGACCGAGAAGCUGCUGGAGGUUUGGUUCUCCAGGCAGCAGUCGGACGCUAACCAGGGAUCUGGGGAUCUUCGCACCAUCCCAAGGUCUGAAUGGGACGUCCUUUUGAAGGAUGUGCAAUGCUCAAUCAUAAGUGUGACAAAAACUGACAAGCAGGAAGCUUAUGUACUCAGUGAGAGUAGCAUGUUUUUCUCCAAGAGACAUUUCAUUUUGAAGACAUGUGGUAUCACCCUCUUGCUGAAAGCACUGGUUCCCCUGUUGAAGCUUGCUAGGGAUUACAGUGGGUUUGACUCAAUUCAAAGCUUCUUUUAUUCUCGCAAGAAUUUCAUGAAGCCUUCUCACCGAGGGUACCCACACCGGAAUUUCCAAGAAGAAAUAGAGUUUCUGAAUGCAAUUUUCCCAAAUGGACCAGCAUAUUGUAUGGGACGUAUGAAUUCUGACUGUUGGUACUUGUAUACUUUGGAUUUCCCAGAGAGUCGGGUAAUCAGUCAGCCAGAUCAAACCCUGGAAAUUCUGAUGAGUGAGCUUGACCCAGCAGUUAUGGACCAGUUCUACAUGAAAGAAGGUGUUACUGCAAAGGAUGUCACUCCUGAGAGUGGAAUUCAUGACCUGAUACCAGGUUCUGUCAUUGAUGCCACACUGUUCAAUCCUUGUGGGUAUUCGAUGAAUGGAAUGAAAUCAGAUGGAACUUAUUGGACAAUUCACAUCACUCCAGAAACAGAAUUUUCUUAUGUCAGCUUUGAAACAAACUUAAGUCAGACCUCCUAUGAUGACCUGAUCAGGAAAGUUGGGGACGUCUUCAAGCCAGGAAAGUUUGUGACCACCUUGUUUGUUAAUCAGAGUUCUAAAUGUCGCACAGUGCUUUCUUCACCCCAAAAGACUAAAGGUUUUAAACGUCUUGAUUGCCAGAGUGCCAUGUUCAAUGAUUACAAUUUUGGUUUUACCAGUUUUGCUAAGAAGCAGCAACAGCAGAGUUGAUUAAGAAAGAUGAAGAAAAAGCGCAAAAAGAGAAGACACAUAGAAGGUGGUGGCUGCUUCCUAGAUGUUGAUACUGGGGGCCAUGCUGUCCAUGACCACCACCUUGUAGUUGCAGAAAGCCCUAGGUGUGAUGAUAGUGUAAUCAUUUUGAAGUGUAUGCAUUA